UUGUGCAGCUCUUCAUUUCUGCACUUUAAUGCCCUGCUGCAUAGAUGGCUUUUCUACAGAGAGUCAAUUGAGAGAAUAUAGUAGAGAAGGAGAGGGAGAAAGAGGAGAGACACAGAGGGAGAAAGAAAAAUAAGUAGAGGGAGAGAGGGACAGGGAGUAGAGUGAUAAAUAGAAGAGUUACAAAUAGAAAAAGGGAGACAGAGAGACAGAGAGAGAAGAAAAGACAGAGAGGGAGGAAGAGAGAAACACAGACGAGAGAGACAUAGUGAGGUGAGAAAAGGAGAUAGUGAAGGGUUAAGGUUAGAAAAAGAGAGAUGACCAUCAGCACUUUGACCAGAGGAGGAGCUCAGAGGGAGCAACAGCACUGUCUCAGAAAGAUGGAGAGAGUGAUCAUAGCCAUGCAGGAUCCUGACAUCGGAUUGAAGAUGAGAAACCAAAGACUCCUCAUCACUGUUAUACCACACGCCAUGACCGGUAACGAUAUCAUGGAGUGGCUUAUUCAAAAAUAUAACAUUACAGAUGAAGAAGCGGGCCACCUAGGAGGUUUGCUGGUACAGUAUGGGUAUAUUUAUCCCCUGAAGGAGCCGCGCUCUCUAAUUCUUAGAUCAGAUGACUCUCCUUACCGUUUCCAGACUCCCUACUUCUGGACUAGUAGCCGUUGGCCUGCUUCAGAGUUAGACUAUGCGAUCUAUCUGGCCAAGAAGAAUAUUAGGAAACAAGGGGAGCUUGUGGACUAUGAGAAGCAGAACUACAAUCUUCUACACAAGAGGAUCAACCACACAUGGGACUUCGUAGUAAUGCAGGCCAGGGAGCAGAUCAGGGCCUCCAAGCAGAGAAGAAAGGCUGACCGUAUUGUUUUGGAGUGCCAGGAGCAAGCAUACUGGCUUGUCAACAAACCAUGUCCAGGAGCAUUUGAUGUGUUUGAUCUGGGACCAGAGAGAUGCAAUGUCCUCAACUCCAGAGUGAUACUGAACACUGACUAUUAUAAGAGGGAGAUUGAACAGAAUAGGAGAGCUCUGGUGAGAAACCGUGUCAAGUCAUCCAUUUGCCUGGAGAGCUUCAUGAAGUUUUGUGAUCAGUACCACCAACAUGACCCAAUCAUGUCAGGCUGUCUCCCAAGCAAUCCCUGGAUUUCUGAUGACACCACACACUGGACUAUCAACACUGACCUGGUGGGUACUCCUACAAGGUUAAGAGUGGAGCGCUGGAGUUUCAGUUUCAUGGAACUAUUGAAUGACUGCCUGGGAAGAAGAGAAUUCAUGACCUACCUGGAGAAGGAAUUCAGUGGGGAGAACUUGUGUUUCUGGGAGGCCUGUGAAGACCUUAGACAUGGAGAGAGUUCAAAGAUCAUCUUGAAAGUAGAGGAGGUCUACAAGACUUUCCUGUCACCAGGGGCAGCCCGCUGGGUGAACAUUGACAGUAAAACAAUGGAGAGAACCCUGGAGGGAAUUAAACAACCUCACCGCUUUGUUAUGGAUGACGCCCAGAUGCACAUCUACUUCCUCAUGAAGAAGGACUCCUACCCCAGGUAUCUGAAGUCGGACCUUUAUAAGAACAUGCUGUCCAAAGCCAUUGUCCCCCAAGAGACUAAGAAGAGUGUAUUUCCCUUCAUGAGACGCCAGCGUCACUCUAGCCCCUCCCCUGCCAUGGUUUCCCAGGCAACAGAGGAUAAUGGCAAGGCUAAGGGGGCAGGACCAGCGGCAACAAACUCAGGAACUCUCUCUUAGGUCUGAGAACCAAAAUAUUUAUAAUGUGGUUUGUUAGGGUUAUGUAGUUGUACAUCAGAAUGUUUAUGUGGUUUGUUAGGGUUAUGUAGUUGUACAUCAGAAUGUUUAUGUGGUUUGUUAGGGUUGUGUAGUUGUACAUCAGAAUGUUUAUGUGGUUUGUUAGGGUUGUGUAGUUGUAUUUCAGAAUGCUUAUGUUUGUUUGUUAGGGUUGUGUAGUUGUAUAUCAGAAUGUUUAUGUGGUUUGUUAGGGUUGUGUAGUUGUACAUCAGAAUGUUUAUGUGGUUUGUUAGGGUUGUGUAGUUGUAUUUCAGAAUGCUUAUGUUUGUUUGUUAGGGUUGUGUAGUUGUAUAUCAGAAUGUUUGGUUAUGUAGUUGUACAUUAGAGUGGUGACCUCCAGAGGCCCUCACCCCCCCAGUGCUCCAGGGAUUAUGGGUAAUCCUGCAAUCUGGAUUCCCUUGUUGUUCCUCUUCAGAGGAUCACUCUUACACACACAUGGACACACAAACAUGGACACACACAGACACACACAGACACACAAACAUGGACACACACAGACACACAAACAUGGACACAC